AUUUGAUAAAAAAAAAUAAACUCCCACACGGACUAAUUAAACCAGGCACAAGAUGACAGAUAACGCGGCAUUUAGCAAUGAUGGGGAGAGAUCCUAUCCCCCGGCGUCAAACAUAGGAGUGUCUUCGGAGUCCCUCGGCGAAAAACCUCCAUCGUAUGCGUCGGCGGUGCCACCUCUGGGAGAUUUUAACUCCAAAUCGAAUUUGACAGAGAAGAACCAGCUGUCGCUUUCGGAGGAUCCCUAUAAUCCCUUCGAGCACCGUGAUCCCAAUGGGGCGAGUUCUGGAGGCGCCUUGGCGCAUUUGCUCAAAAGUUCCCUGGGAACUGGUAUCCUGGCCAUGCCCAUGGCUUUCCACAAUGCUGGUCUGGUCUUUGGUAUGGUCAUGACGCUGAUCGUCGGCUUCCUUUGCACCCACUGCGUACACAUUUUGGUAAACACUUCCCACAACAUUUGUCGGGAUGCCAAGGUAACAUCUCUGGGAUUCGCCGAGACGGCAGAGAAGGUAUUUGAGUACGGACCCAAGGGAAUGAGACGCUUUGCGAACUUUGCGAAGCAGUUCGUUGACAUCGGAUUGAUGGCCACCUACUAUGCAGCGGGGUGUGUGUACAUCGUGUUCAUUGCUACAUCCUUCCACGAUGUGGUCAACUACUACACCGACCUGAACUGGGACGUGCGCAUCUACAUUGCCCUAACGGUGAUUCCUUGCCUGCUGAUCGGUCAGAUCCGGGAACUGAAAUGGCUGGUGCCCUUCUCGAUGAUGGCCAACAUCUUCAUCGUCAUUACCUUUGCCAUCGUCCUGUACUACAUGUUCGAUGAGACCCUGGUGUACUCCGACAAGCCACUGAUUGCCAAGGCCUCCAGCAUCCCGCUCUUCUUCGCCACCGUCAUCUUCGCUAUGGAGGGUAUUGGUGUAGUCAUGCCUGUGGAGAACUCGAUGAAGAAGCCCCAGCAAUUCCUCGGAUGUCCGGGAGUCCUCAACACCGCCAUGAUCACUGUGGUGCUACUAUACGCCGUUAUCGGAUUCUUCGGCUACGUGAGAUUCGGCGAUGCUGUCAAGGGCAGCAUCACAUUGAAUCUUCCAGAGGGUGCCUGGCUGGGAGACACCGCCAAGCUUCUGAUGGCUGUUGCCAUUCUUUUCACUUUCGGCUUGCAGUUCUAUGUGCCCAACACGAUCCUUUGGCAGAAGAUUAACCACAAGUUCAACCCGGAGAAGCACAACAUAACCCAGAUCCUAUUGCGUUCAGGCAUUAUCCUGCUGAGUGGCGGUGUGGCGGCAGCCAUCCCCAAUCUGGAACCCUUCAUCAGUCUGGUGGGUGCGGUCUUCUUCUCGCUGCUGGGAAUCUUUGUGCCCAGCUUUGUGGAGACCGUGUAUCUGUGGCCCGACCGUCUGGGAGUCUGCAAAUGGAAGCUGACCAAGAACAUCUUCCUGGGCGUGUUCUCCAUCCUGGCCCUGGUUGCUGGCGCCGUGUCCAGCAUAAACGAGAUCAUCGAACUAUACAGCGGCGAUGAUUAAGUCAUGUUAUCAAAAACCACUUCCCACCCAACCAGACAUGUAGUAUUACUCGAGAUGCAGGUAGCUUUCCCAGGCGAAAGCGUUCGCGAGUUUCAGUUCAAAAAGCAGGUAAAGGCAAAGCCCACAUCCACACCAAGUACCCUGACCUACGGCCGUGUUGAACAUGGCCUAAUGGCCCCCGGAGUCGCCAAUAUUUCGGAGCCGUUGACUGCAUGAACAAGAUGAUAUUAAUGGUUAAGUGCCUUGUUACACAAAGUAAGAUGAAAUUUAUAGAAUUUAAAAAUGUUAUUACCUUAAGUUUGCACCGAAAAACUAUUAAAAGAAAUCCAUAU